GUGGCCACGAGCGCGGCCGAUUGCCCGAUUAUGUCUCUAAAUUCGACAACCAUGCUUCAGCAAUCAGCACACUCCACUUGAGUGGGAGAAGCAAUCUUGCAGUCUAGUGAGAGGCACACAAGCUCCAGAAAUAGAGCGAAAAUGAGGAGGAGAUUCGGCGGCUAUGCUGCUUCAAUUCUUCUUCUACUUCUUGCGGUUUUAACAUUAUUAGGCACGGCGGCAGCGGCAAGUGAAUUUUCGCCGGCGGCGGCGGCGGAAAUCAUAUCGAGAUUCCAGCAAUACCUCCGAAUCGACACCGCCCAACCCAACCCAAGGUACGGAGAAGCGGCGGAUUUCAUAAUCUCUCAGGCGAAAUCCCUAUCCCUGGAAACUCAGGUUGUAGAAUUCGUGAAGGGGAAGCCUCUCGUUAUCCUCAAGUGGGCCGGCAAGGACUCCACCCUCCCCACUAUCCUCCUCAAUUCCCACACCGACGUCGUCCCUUCCGAGCCUCACAAGUGGUCGCACCCGCCUUUUGACGCCCAAAUCGAUCCCGCCACCGGUAACAUCUAUGCCAGGGGCUCCCAGGACAUGAAAUGCGUCGGCCUCCAGUACUUGGAAGCGAUUCGCAGCCUCAAGGCUUCUGGAUUCCAGCCUAUCCGCACCGUCUACCUCUCCUUCGUCCCCGAUGAGGAAAUCGGUGGCCACGCCGGCGCUGAGAGCUUUGCAAAUUCUGAUAUCUUUUCGAAGAUGAACGUCGGGAUUGUGCUCGACGAGGGGCUGGCUUCCCCCACGGAUAACUAUCGCGCCUUCUACGGUGAGAGGUCCCCUUGGUGGUUGGUUAUCAAGGCAGUUGGGGCCCCUGGACACGGUGCCAAGCUCUAUGAUAAUACUGCCAUGGAGAAUCUUUUUAAGAGUAUUGAAAGUAUAAGGAGGUUCAGGGCUGCUCAGUUCGACUUAGUCAAGGCUGGCCUCAAGGCUGAAGGAGAAGUCAUUUCUGUUAAUAUGGUGUCUUUGAAAGCUGGCACCCCUUCCCCCACGGGCUUUGUCAUGAACUUGCAGCCGUCUGAAGCAGAAGCAGGCUUUGAUAUUCGAGUUCCACCAAUUGCUGAUCAAACCUCAUUGGAGAGACGAAUUGUCGAGGAAUGGGCACCUGCUUCACGCAACAUGACCUUUGAGCUUGGACAGUUCAAGGUUAAGGCAUCCAUAUAUGAUAAGUUUGGAAGACCAGCACUUACGUCUCCUGAUAGUUCUAAUAUUUGGUGGGCCUUAUUAGAGAAAGCUGUCAAGGAUGCAAAUGGGAAACUAGGAAAGCCAGAAAUAUUUCCUGCCUCAACAGAUGCACGCUACUUUAGAGAGAAUGGUUUGCCAGCUAUUGGCUUUUCUCCAAUGGCAAACACUCCCAUUCUCCUUCAUGACCACAAUGAGUUUUUGAACAAGGAUGAAUAUUUGAAGGGAAUUCGUGUUUACGAGUCAAUAAUCAAGGCAUAUGCAUCUUUUGUUGAGCACACUCGAGAUGAUGAGUCCAAAGCAGAAUUAUGAGAAUAGGAUGCACUGAUACAGCAGUCGUUCCUAUCACACGAUGCAAUAGAAGGCCUCCCUUGUGAAACUCUGGCAUUUAUGUCAUGUUCAAUUUACAAGAAAUGUCUCUUCCUGGCGGAUUUGUCUGUUUUAAAAUGAGGCUAAAUAACUACGGACAUGAUACAAAUGUCAAUCGUGGCUGUGAUAUUUCUUAUUGUUUUAUGCACUGUGUAUGAAAGCGAUAGCUUCAGAACUGAGAAUCAGGUAGAUACAGGCUGGGAUGGAUAAAUUUGAUGAUGUUUCUUGCUCCUAUCCAGAUUCAACACCCUUUAUCAUCAGAAAAGAUGUAUGUUACUUUGUCUAACAUAAAAAGCUAGAGUUAUUUAUGAAAAGAUGUACGCUGCUUUGAUGAGGAAAAUGACUAGUCAUCAAUUUUUCUUUACUGGUUUUUUGUGAUGUCCUGAUUUUAAUUUCUCA